AUGACUAUCAUUUGUGCGGCGGCGUUCCAUCCAUUUCCAGACCUCCCUGUCGAAAUUCGCAGUCGUAUCUGGGAUCUCACCGUCGAGCCCCGCACCAUCGAGGUGCGCGUGAUUUACCAUCAACCGAACCCAGCAGCCGACAAGGAAUCCGAUCCUGGCGUGCAGAUGGUGGACUGGGGAGUGAAGCAGCCGCCGCCGACGCGCCACCUGCGCUCGUUUACCCCGGCCCCGGCCCAACUGCAAACGUGUCGCGAGGCCCGUGAGCACCUGUCUACACAUUGUGAUACUAGAUCUCGAUACGAAAAGGCCUUUUCUGAGAUCACCACGACACCGUAUGACGGGUUCGACCCCGUGCCCGAGGGCGACCCGCAGCGGAAGCACUAUGUCUGGUUCAACUUUGAUAAGGACAUGCUCUCCGUUGGGGACACAGAGUUGAGCGACUUCCGGGCUGGACACCAACAGGCUCACCAAAUUCGCCGGUUACGGCUUGAGCGUGCCCUCUCGAACGAGUACUUUUCACGCAAAGAAUCGCUGUUGAUUAGUAGGCUGUUUAGGAAUGUUGCCGAGGUUCAUUUAAUCUGUUUGGAGGGCAUCAGGUCGGGUUACUCGAUCACAGAAGACAUGGAGUUUCCUUGUGGGCCCGAGAACGUCUACUUUGUUGACCCACAAGAGAUGGGCGGGAUGAUGAUGAACAGUGUUGACCUAGAUGCUAUGGUGAUCGGGGAGGGAGAAGACCUUUACGGGUCAGAGGAAGGGGGCUAA